AUGGGAGGAGAUUUUGAACAGUGGAUUUCAAUAUGGAAAAUUAAAGUGCCUCUCAAAUGGAAGACCUUUCUUUGGAAGGCCCUAGGUGGUACCUUCCCGGUUACUACCAAUUUACAUUUAAGAAGGGUAGAUGUUGAUCUUGCAUGUCCUAAGUGUGGUCUUUCUCAUGAGAGUGUUAUGCAUGCAUUAGUUGGGUGUGAGUUCUCACAACGUGUUUGGAAUGUUUCCAACCUGCCCAUCCCAUCUAUUGUUGGAAUUUCUUUUGACAUGUGGUUCUCAUCCGUUCUCCAUGAUUUAUCUGAAGGGGAAGUUGGUGCGGUCGUGGCGGUGCUUUAUCAUCUAUGGAAGGCGCGGAAUUCAGCUGUAUGGGAGGGAUUCCUGCCACAACCAGCGAAGGUCACCACAUCAGCGUUUGCAGCUCUCCAUGCGUGGAAGGAGGUUCACGGCGGUCACCACUCUGGUUCGGACUCUGGCUCGUCUUCCUCCCUCGGAGCACCAGCCCUGCCGUCCUUCCAUACUGCUCCAGAACACUCACAGACGGGGGUGCCGAGAUGCUUCUUCGAUGCUCGGUUUUGCCCCUCCUCCCUGAAGGCGUCUUUUGGAGCCGUUCUUGUAUCCGCGACUGGAAGCUUCAUAGCAGCCUGUGCAGGGCCAAUUCCGAGCUGCUUUUCACCAUUAAUGGCGGAGGCGGUGGCUUCAAAGGAGGCUCUUUCAUGGCUACGCGAUAGAGGUAUUCCAUCUGUUGCGGUCUACACUAAUUGUUCACAGCUCCGGGCGUAUUUUUCUUCGAACUCCGCAGUCCUAUCACACGCGGGGUACGCCAUUGAGGGUUCUAGGUUGUUAUUAGCUUCGUUUAUGUCUAGUGUGGUUGGUUUAGUCCCUAGAUCAGCAAAUGUCAUAGCACACACUCUUGCGGCUUCGGCCUUUUUGCAGUGCAAGAGAAUAUUCUCAGACCAGAUAUCGUCUGAAAGAGUGAAUCAAUCUAGUUCAAAGAAUGAGUUGAAUGAUAUCAUUAUAUUAAGAAACAACUAA